GCCUGCAGUGGAUGUUACAGAGGAGACGACUGAGGUAGAGACUACAGAGAGGACGCUUGAUGUAGAGGAGCCUGCAAUGGAUGUUACAGAGGAGACUAUUGAGGUAGAGGCUACAGAGAGGACGCUUGAUGUAGAGGAGACUGCAGUGGAUGUUACAGAGGAGACGUUUAAAGUAGAGGAGCCUCCAGUGGAUGUUACAGAGGAGACAAUUGAGGUAGAGGAGCCUGCUGUGGAUGUUACAGAGGAGACAAUUGCAGUAGAGGAGCCGCUGGAUAUUACAGAGGAGACGAUUGAGGUAAAGGCUACAGAGGGGACUCUUGACCUAGAGGAGCCUGCAGUGGAUGUUAAAGAAGAGACAUCUGAGGUAGAGGCUACAGAGGGGACACUUGAUGUAGAGGAGACUGCAGUGGAUGUUACAGAGGAGACGUUUAAAGUAGAGGAGCCUCCAGUGGAUUCUACAGAGAAGACGAUUGAGGUAGAGCAGCCUCUAGUGGAUGCUACAGAGCAGCCAAUUGAUAUAGAGAAGACUGUGGAUGCGACAGAGGACUACCUUUGGGUUUGGCCACCAGUUACAAGAAUGGCUGUUACAGAACAGCCUACCACCAAAAUGAUUACUCUCUUCCCCCCUGAGGAAGAUGCUGAGGAGACCCUCCCAACUGUUGAACCUAAGGAAGAUGAAGGACCCACAACUACUGAGGCGGCUUUAGAGAAGCAACCAGACGGAGACAAUCAAAUGAUCACCACUACAGCAUCUCUACACGUAGGAUCUGCAUCCAUCGAAACAUUCACCACUGUUACACAAUCACCAAACAUGCCUUUAUCUGAGGAUGAUGUCAUCCAAGCAGAGCCUGAGGAAGUCCCCUCAGCAAAUAUUCCCCCUGGACCUUCAGAAGGAUGGGACACUCUCCAAGAUGAGGAACCACUUGAGACGGACGUGGAUAUCUCUAAUGACUCGGACAUACAGGAGGAUGUAGAAAAGGUAGAGGACGGUACAGAAGCCGCCAAUACGCUGGACGAGUUUGGCAGUGGAUUAGAAGGCCCAUUUGAGUCCACCGCACCCCCAGCACUCACACACAUGAACACUCCUUUAAUGGCCAGUACUGGAAAAGCCAAAGAAAUGGUGGUGUUCUUUAGUUUGCGAGUCACUAACAUGAUGUUUUCAGAGGACCUGUUCAACAAAAGCUCUCCUGAGUACAGGUCAUUGGAGAAUACCUUUCUUCAGCUGAACCAGUUCUCUGAGCCCAGAGACUCGCCAAAUCCUGGAGCCAGUAAAUCUGGGACUGGGAGACAGAGGACGUUAGCUUCAAUACCGGUAUUUCCAUAUUGGAACUAUUUCUUUCAUGUCUCAGAGAGAGCAUGGCCUAUUUAUUUUCUAAAUGUUCUGUACAUAUCUCAAACAUGUAUUAGAAUCUAUCUUAGAAUUUGCUUUCAUUGA